AGCACGAACGCGCUUCAAGCAUCAACUCAUUCACAAACUGAGUGAAGCGAUAUUUCUAAGGGACUUUCAGGCUCUUCGAGGAUACUCUCUGGAAAAAUGGACCCUUGCGAAUGUGCCAAGACUGGAACUUGCAACUGCGGUGCCACCUGCAAGUGCACUAAUUGCCAGUGUACUACCUGCAAGAAGAGUUGCUGUUCUUGCUGCCCAUCUGGUUGCAGCAAGUGUGCCUCUGGCUGUGUCUGCAAAGGCAAUUCCUGUGGCUCCAGCUGCUGUCAAUGAAGAGGUCAACGUGAUGUUUUCUACUACAAUGUGAAUCUGUUUGUCUACUCGUCUGCGUUUUGCAUUGCAUGAUUGUCUUUUACAAGAUAAUAAAUGGCCUCCUUUUGUUCUCCAAAUGUUUGUUUAAUGUUGCUAAAAUCAUCUAACAAAGGCUAAAGAGGGAAAACAAUGCACUGAUUUGUACUGCUGCAAAUAAGACUAUCACAAAAUGUUCUGUUUUCUCUAAAUGAGACUAUUGUAAGUUGUUUUGCCAUGUCCUUUGUCUACAAUAAAUGGUAGCAUUUA